AUGUCUCGUCGUCGCACUUCCUACAGUGAACCCAUGAACGAGGCAGUCGCAUACCCUCAACCUCGCCGGGGUCCCAUCGAAGGUCCCAAUGGCCGUCGUCUCAUCCGCCGCGUCACCUGGCGCUCCUCGACCUACAAGUUGAUGGCUUCCUUAUGGGUGUUAGGUGUUCUCUACAUCCUCUGGUUGAUUCGGGAUCUCUUCUAUCUCCCGUUCGCUUCAAUGUCCACCCCACCUGUCCGUGCUGAAUGA